CAAAGUCCUUUCUUGGAGAUUUUCACAAGUUUAAUCUUUUUCCCCUGUUUGGCACAACAAGUGGUAGUGGGAAUAUAAUUCGGAUUAUCUUUUAUAUAGAUAAGCUACAGUUAUCCCCCGCCACUCAGAUAGAUCGUUCUUCCACUCAUCAUUAGAACUACGCCGAAAUCAUUUCAUACCCGUGGCGGGUCCUUCAAAGUUGCCUUGUAUUAGCUUCUUCGUACCUAUUCGUGUCUUUGUUGUCUUUCUCUGAAAAAAUAACAAUCUUACAUAUCCCUACAACAAAAUGAAAAUGUUAAGCGUAUCCGGAGGGUCCUGCUCUCGAUUCAUCUUUGUGCCAAUCGUUUUUUUGGAAUUUCUUUCGCCCAUCAUUGCCCUCUCAUUGUCUCGAUGCGGUAGCGGAUCUGGAAAUCUCUUUUCUCUUCCAGGCAAUGAUACUGAACACGAAUAUGUCGAAAAAAUCCCGCCUGGAGACCACGACGAGCAUUCGCAAUAUCUUGCACAACCACAACCUGAUCGUCCUCGUGCCCAUGUCGCUCCUCACGGCAAAAGCAAAGUAGAGUCACAGAAGAACAACGGGGACGGUGUAAAUUCUUACAUUGCGUGGGAAAGAAGGCUUAACAAUGAAGGAGACCACUCUGAUACUAGUUCUGAUUCUGAAGUUAAGGCCAGCUUUUAUCCAUCUUUCUCGGCAUUUCGGUACCCUUUUCCCUUGUAUUCUCAUGAAGUUUCAAGGUAAAAGGGGCCAAGACGAGGGGGCCGGGAUGCAAUCUAGCAUACUCUAAUGAAGUUGAAACUGGCGAUGCCGAACCGAGCGAUGACACGACACCGAUGCCCCCGGUUGCUCCUGCUGCCCCGGAGGUGGGGGAUGGUUCCCAAAAGCUGCAUCGAGCUGCUCCACUCGCAGGCCCCGCUGCUUCUGCUUCGGCGGCGGUGGAUACUUCGCCAUCGGGAGGCCAUGGUCCUGCUCCAGCCAGUCCAGCGGUGGAGGGCUUGGUGAAUGAA